AUUGUGUCACACAGCCAGUAUAAAUAAGGCUGCUUUCUCAGUGUUAGUUGUUGCAUCUUGCUAGAAGAUUUUUUGCGUGCAUCCCUGAAGGUAAUCAUUCUUCAGUCCAGCUUGCUGGAACAUAUAUUGCUUUAACUGCUUAGCUGUAUGAUGUUAACUUAACCUGCUCAUAGAAGGACAAGGUUAGUUAUUCAUUUGAUACUUGAACUGUGUAUGUUAAGAAAAGCUUUGUGACUGAACCACUUAUACAGGACUGCCCUGUUAAGUAGGGAGAAACUGAGGUAUUAUAAUCUGUAACCUUUUCUUUUGUUGCUACUAUUAACAAUCAUUGUGUAACCAGUGUUAUUAUCGUUUGUAUAAAUAAAUUUUCAUUUUAUAAAGAUAAAAGUUGAAUAGUUCUUUGCCUCGGGUCACAAUACCAGUUCUAUAAGCAAUAGUAAGAGCAUUAAAGCUACCCUUGCGAGGGCAAGAGGUCACCAGGACUCCACGGAAGCAUCUCCACGGAGGAAGCAGGAUGGCGAAACAGCGGAUACAUCUGGAGAGGAAGUAUCUAAAGCUGCGGAGGAAGCAAAGCAGUUUGAGAAUCGGCCUGUUGUCAGCGCUGACUAUGCGGGGAAUAGCAUUGUUAAUAUUGGGUCUUGGAUUAUCAGGAGAUAACGAGACAGAAGUGGUUAGCGUAUCCUCCUGCUCUGUGGUUGAGAAAUUAGUGUUAAAAAUAUGCUAUAAGCAAACAGCGAAUAUUGGUGGGGUGAAAUAUGGCUCGAAAAUGAUGAGGGACAUGUUUAAAGGAAUGAUAGAAAAUAUAGAUAAAUCAUUUUGGAACUGUACAGGGGCUCGGAAAAUAAGUGCUACGAAGGGGCCAGCUCUCUACGGGGGUAAAGUAAUUAAGAAUAGUACCAGGUUGAGAUGGAAUAUUCUUGACGGUCAUAAUCAGACGCACGUAAAGCUAAGGGGCCUACAGUACAAUCUCACGAAUAUCACUAAUUUGACGUUUAGUAAGCAUGUGUACAAAAUAUGGAAUAGUCCUGUUCUCCAGAUAACUGGGGUGCAGCAUUGGGAUUGUCUGACCAAGGAAAUUGUUACGGGGCACAGUAAUAAAUGGUUGGGUAAAACUGUUGAGGAUCAGUCGAUAAAGAUUGAAAUUGAUAAAGUUCCAGCAGAUAAAAGACGUAGCGGUAGAUCUGCCCCAGAGGGGGCGAAUUAUCAGAUCAAGGACCAAACAUGGAAUAAUGAAGAUAAUUUGGACCCAGUGCAGCAAAGUUAUUGGCCCAAGGGCCUAAAUCCGCACGUUUUAAUUGUCGGGGUUUAUAAAAAUAAACCUAAGCCGGCCUAUGAUGAGUUAAACUGGGUAACGUGCGAACACUUGGUCAUGCCGAUAGGGAUGUGUGAGAGACGCAGUGAGUGCCCGUUGUUGACCAAGAACAAAUUUGUAAGUAGUAAACCGGAAAAUCAGUUUUGGUACAACAUUGACCAGCAUUGCAGAACGGAUUAUGGUAAGACGACCGCAUGGGUGUGUUAUCUAAAUAGCACCUCUAAAUGGGACUAUAAGGAAUUUGAGAAGCACAGUAAAGAUAUUAUUAACCUGUGGCAUGAUUGGAUGAUGUUGCAGGAUCCGAGUAAUGACAUGGUGGAAAGAGAGAGUAGGCGCGAUACGUGGACGAUCAACGCCGCCUUGUGGGCGAAUGGGGUAGGGGCAAAAAGGUUGCAUCCUCUGACCCUAGAGUAUGCGCCCAGACCAGGUUUGUCGAUAGAACUGGCGAAUUACUCGGGCAUUAUGUAUUAUAUCUUGAGUUAUGUGACCAAUCCGUAAUACAGGUCUGCGCUUACCCUGUACUGUAUGGGCUGGGAUGGAGUUCAUAGGAGUACACAUAGAAAUCAAGGUAUUUGGGCAAACCAUAGUGAUGCUGUUAACAAGGGGACUUUGAGAUGGAUUGGACUUUCUAACCUUAUGUAUAGGGUGUGGGAUGUUUUUCCAGUGGUAAUGGGACUGGAUAAGACGACAACGCGAACUGUAAGCUGGAGGUCAUUCCAUAAUCAUCCGGUUAAUAAGAGUAUAUUCCCGAUUGUGUGGGCAAGAGGGAAUAGAACCUUAGGGUUGCAAACCAGAACUUUAGCGCAUGGUUUUUGGAGUAGUAAAUAUUAUUUGCCGAUGUUGAAACCAUCGGAAAGGCGAGGUGUCACGAAUACUGACUAUAAAAAUUCUGAUGGCCUCACCCAAAUUCGAUAUCUAAGUCAGUGGCUCAUUCGCGAGACAUAGUCUGAGGCUUGAGGACCAUGACCGUGAUGAGGUAAGGAAACGGUCAAAUGUCUGGAACAUGGGUUUGGGAAAAUUUGUGUACAGGCAUUGGGAUGAGGUUAAGUAUUUGUGGAUACCGGCGAAAGAGCAAUGUUGUGACACGGAAAUGUUUAAUUCAUGGAAAAUUAAAACCCCAGGCAAUAGGUUUAGUCCUAACAUUACGUGGAUGCAUGAAGAUGAACAUGUUUUUUGUACUUUCAAGAAUUUCAAGGUGAUUGGCGCAGAUCGGGUUGGCAGUAUAAGUGGAGCGGUUGAUAUAAGCUCGAUAACCGGUGCAGCUCCUUUGAUGAUGAUUGCGCGAAAUCAGGUAAUGAAAAAAUGCGCUUUUUCCGCUCUGUUAAAUAGCGCCGAGGAAUUACGUGGCUUUUUUGACCCGGUGGAUGUCUACCUUGGGGGCCUGUCCAUGGGGCCGGGGUAUUUGUUUUUUUUGGGACUUCGAAUCUCAAUUGAUUAAGCCAAAUAGGGGCGAUAUUUUUACUGUAUAUUGGAAAGUGCAGAAGAAGGCUAUUCUAUGGGUGGUAGGAUAACAUUAAAGAACUCGCUGUCUCCGUGUGGGACCUAAUAGUGCAAUCUUGGUUUCACGUAAAGAUUGCCAUAAUCUGCCUGGCUAUUGUUAUAGGAAUAAUAGUCAUGGUGGUCCUGUUCGUUAAACUUUCGAAAUUGGGGCCGGUCUGCAGGAAACUGUCGAAAUUGCCUGACUCGACAGAGGACACAGAGGCUCUAGUUCCUCUUAUGACCAAAUAGGGGACGGAAGUGCAGGCCUCGCAGUGACAGGGAUUGCGAAGUGUCUAAACGAGCGGACAAGGUUACGGAUCACUCAGUUGGUGGCGGACAAGGAGGCUAUCAUCACUCUCUCUAACUUUCUUCUAUUCGCAACAGCAGCAGUAGACUAAAUGGCAGGCAAUUACAGCAAUACUACAAGGCAUUGCAUUGACAGACCAAAAGAAAUUGUGAGUAUAGUUUCCAUAAAUUUAUGGUUGAUUGUAUAUUGGAUAUCCGGAAUAUUAAGUCAAAGAAUGCCGGAGCAAGUAGUAUUGAUGUUUUUGAGCCUUGGCCUUUAUAACUUUUUGGACGAUAUUUCAUUAGUGCUAAUUCUAGUGUCUCAGCUGCUGAGAAGUGCGAGAUAUGUUAAAUUGUUUGGAAAAAAGGGAAUUGUUGCAGUUAUGUUUUUUUCCAUAGCUAUAACUAUGUACAAUUUCACAAAAUGCUACGUUGAAUUAAUUUGGGUCAAAUACGUAGGUGUGGGGCUUGCGCUCAUCACAUACGUAUUUUUGAUUAUCUUAAGCUAUAGAAGAAAUACCGUUUUAAAGCCUUUAGUGAAAAAAUUGGCUGUUCUUUAUUUUUUGGUUUUACUUAUUGCUGGCAGUUCAAGACAAGUGAACGAGCCGAAGCUAUUCAUGUUAGCCAUUCUGGUUGGCAUUAAUGAUUGUAGCUAUAUGUGGAAGAUGAUUGACAAUUGUCGAACUGAUUGCAUUAUUUGUGGAUGAAAAAAAAAAGAAGAAAAAACGAACCUGAAUAACUUUGACAGUGCCGAAAAAAAAAAAAAAAAAAAAAAAAAA